AUGCCUUCGUCUGGAAAGCAAUGGCCGUCUCGAGAAGGCUUCACGGUGGAUGUGCUAUCCAACUUGCUCCACCGAACAGUGCUCAGUCCAUGGAAAGUGCUACCCAUCUUGGCCCUCGCCCAGUACACUGUCAAGGGUCGCGAGUUGCUUGAAGGACGACCACAGCUCCUACGAGUGCUCCAUGCACUCGCCCUGACAGCCGUGGUCAGCCGUCUGUCAUCCUGGUUUGACCGGCGCACCGUCAACAAUGCAAUCACGGACCACUACGACUGGAACCGUGAGGUCAUCGUCCUCACGGGUGGCAGCGGUGGCAUCGGCCAGAGAAUCGCGCAGCUCCUCGGCUCUCGAGGGAUCAAGGUCGCCAUUCUGGAUGUCAAUCCACCCGCAGCCACGCUGCCCAACAGCGUGCGCUACUUCGAGUGCAAUAUCACCUCGCCUGCGGCCAUCGCCGAGACCGCCACCAAGAUUCGAGCCUCGUUCGGCCGUCCCACCAUCUUGAUCAACAACGCCGGCAUCCUGACCGGCAAAACCAUCCUGGACACAACGGAGGCGACCACUCGUCGCAUGUUCGACGUGAACACCCUCUCCCACUACUGGCUCGCACAGGAGUUCUUACCUGACAUGAUCUCCUCAAACCACGGAAUGGUGGUCACGGUUGCUUCGCAGGCUGGAUACACCCCGACAGCCAACAUGGUGGACUACUCGGCUUCCAAGGCCGCAGCGAUUGCCUUCCACGAGGGUCUCGGCGUGGAGCUGAAGGCCAGAUAUCAGGCACCUCGGGUGCGCACUGUGUUGGUGACGCAGGGGUUCACUCGGACCGCACUGAUUGACAAUCUGACCCCCGAGGAUACAUUCUUGAACCCGCUGUUAUACCCGGAAACGGUGGCAGAAAGUGUGGUGGAUCAGGUGAUGUCGGGACAGAGCGGUCAUGUUGUGGUUCCGGGCGUGGCGGGAGCUAUUGCACAGAGACUGAGAGGCUAUCCUCUUUGGUUCCAGCAUUCGCUGAGAUGUAGUUUGGAGAAGUUGAUGCGAGUAGAGUAA